GUCGGUCAAUAUUGUGGUAUAGUGAAAUCUGGUCCGAUCACUAGUCCUGCAGUCAUCUCUGGCGAGCAGUAGUGGGGCAAUUUCAUCAUCAACACCAUUCAGGGUGGUUUGUCGCGCACUCUUCGCAUUCAGUAGCUUUCAGCUCACGUCCUGAAAAGCUCGCUCCUGAAACGCGUGUGUGCAGUGCUCAGAUCGUACGAAAGCUCGCGCGCGAAUUGCUUUUCAGUUUUCAGGAUGACUCGUGCUCAAGGUGUGAACAUUCUGUGAAAAUGACGAAGAGGAGAGGUUCGAAACGGAGAGCCGUUGAUAAAAUGGACGACGCUUCUUAUUUUGCACUCAUGCAACAAAGAGAAGUGGUCAUCAGGGAAGGCCCAUGUGAGAAAGGAAUGUGCGGCGAAGAGGAGGCUUGCAAAGAUUUUCAAAAUAAUACGCACACGUGUAUUUGUACACAUGAUUCACUUCCGCCCACGGCAGAAGGUACUUGCCCCAGGAGGACAGUCUCAAUGGACGACAAUGCUGGAAGAAUUCCAAAUGUUCAACCCCCACUAAACAAGCCAACACCAUCGUCACUUAGUUCAACAACGAUACCAGUCACCGCCGCUAAUGAACAUUUACCAGGACCGGACUACGUAAUAGUUUCGAUCGUAGUGUCAGCAUGUGUGUUUUUAAUAAUGUUAUCAGGAAUAUUAUUCAGAAGAAAAUUUAGGUCAAGACAUCUAAGCAACGAAGGGGUAUCGCCUAUUAAUUUGAAACACAGUUUGCUGAUGGCCGAAAGAUACGCCCCCAACCCCCAAUAUUCAGCGUGUUCGGGCACCGGAGUUCCGCUUCUUCGUAAGGAAACUCUCAAAUUUAUCAGCGAAAUAGGGGAAGGUUGCUUUGGAAAAGUUUACAAAGGUGAACUCCUGACCGAAGGCAGUGACCACGUGGAAAUAGUGGCUAUAAAGGUAUUGAAGGAAAAUGCGACUCGAGAAGCUGAAGAAGACUUUAUACGUGAAGUUGAAAUUAUGAGCGCCUUUAGGCACAAUAAUAUUCUCUCUCUACUGGGAAUGGUGGUUCGGGAAGGUGCUGUCAGUCCGAUGAUGGUAUUCGAAUAUAUGCCCCAUGGAGACCUGGCAGAACUUCUAAGAGCUCAGAAGAAAACCGCAUACGAAGACGAAGUUCCUCAAUUAAAACAAAAGCACCUCUUAUCAAUCGCUCUUCAAAUCGCGAGUGGGAUGAAAUAUCUAGCAGCUCAACGUUUUGUUCAUCGAGAUUUGGCUUGCAGAAAUUGUUUAGUAGCAGAAGGACCUGUCGUGAAAAUUGCUGACUUUGGCAUGAGCAGAGAUGUCUAUACUUGCGAUUAUUAUAAGAUUGGAGGCAGCCGGUUACUGCCUGUGCGAUGGAUGUCUCCUGAAAGCGUGCUUUAUGGGCGAUUUACCCUCGAAUCCGACAUCUGGUCCUACGGCGUGGUCCUGUGGGAGAUAUACAGUUUUGGCAAGCAGCCCUAUUAUGGUCAUACGAACGAAGAAGCCGUGAAGCUAAUUUUGGACGGCAUCAUGCUGAUACCACCUGAAGACUGUCCUUCGUUAAUCUGUGAACUGAUGAAAAAUUGUUGGAAGACGGAACCUAGAGACAGAAUAAAAUUUCCUAAUAUUUGCGACAAGUUAGAGCUUGCGUAUGAAAGUUUCGACGAGGAUGCUGUUAGUGUACAAUAUGAGAACGAAAUGAAAAAAACAAACUUGAAAAAUGUUAGAAGUUUACCACGACCACCUCCAUUGAGAAAGAUCUCACAAGAAGAUUUAUUGGACGCGCAAGGAUACUUGCUGGCCAACGAGGUCAAAGAACCUGUGCAGUAUUUAGAAACUUUACCGGACUGACAUGUGAAAAUGAAGAAAAAUAAAACUAUUGUGUGGGCCAAUUCUAUUAAGCUCUUGGGUGUAAACGUGUGAACGUCGUGUGUUGAACUUCCUAUUCGUGUUUCACCAAGACUAUGUGUUCUCCUUGCUUGUUGUGCGUGUAUAUAAGUGAAAAUGUACCAUAUAUACAGAGUUUUAUUAAAUUAUAUUUUUUUAAUAAUAGACGAUAAAGCCAUAUGUUUAAAUUUAGACAACAACAAACACAAUAUUUGUAUUUAUUAACAUGUACCUUAUGUUUUUUAAUAAUGUGUGAAAUCUCACUGCUUCGGCAAUGUUCCUCGUCGAUUUACUAAAGGCUGAUGUUAAUACCAAUUUUAAGACUUCUGUGUAAACAUUAAUUAUUUAUAGUCGAACAUCUAAAUGUGACAAUUCAAAUAUGGUCGCAUAUUACUACGUCCGUCAAUGAACAAAAAUCUCUUAGAAGCUGCAUUUUAUGGCUUCUUUGUUAAAUAUAGUCAAUUAACUAAAAAUGUUUCGUAAAUUAAUAAUAUAAUUUUAAAAUUAAUUAUGUUGUCGAAUCUCGACCACUCGAAAAAAAAAUCUGUUAUACAGAACUAGAUAUUUUGUGUUUCUUUGUAUUAAGUAUUAAGUUUGUAUACUGUACAAGUUCCCAUAAUACAAAUCCAAAAAUUAACGGAAAUAAAAGUAUUAUUAAUUAAGUGUGAUAACUACUGUAAGAAAAAAUAAUAUGCGAGUUUUCAUUCAAUAUAAAGCUCAGAAUUUAUAUCGUGUCGUCUCGUGGCGAGACAGAUAAAAGCAUUAAUGUACAUAAGUAAAGUGUCCGGUUGGAUGGAUCUUCUAAAAUUAGAGAAUAAAUUGCAACUCUUGACAAGAAGAAAUCUCCUAAUUGGAAGAUCUUUGAUUACACUAAACUGAAUUAAGUAAAACUAGUGGUUAAUAGCAGAAAACUACGCAGUAUCUACGUUACUUCAAGUCUAGAGGCGACAAAAUUUUGCAAAUGAUGCGAACUGCCGCUCGUGUGUCUCAAAAGGAUAAUAGUUCCGUUAUUAUCUUACUAUUUCCUUAAGUAAUUUUUUGAAACUCCCAUUUUCUAUGAACUCAAUUCUCUAUCUACUCAUCUACAGGUGGAGGUGGACUUCCAUCCUUCUUUUAAUUGGCCUGAUAUCGCCUUCCAGAAGCAGCAAGUAAAGUUGUUGAUUUUUUCUUAAUUUAGAAUUUGUACUACGAGCAGCAAAGCGCGAAGGAAAAUACACCUUUCCGGUAACGGUCCGGCGCACCUCAAAGUAGUAAACUAUAUUCGGGCAUUGGACAGCGUAGCUUCGGCUAUCUCGAUUUCGGGUUCAAUGUAACCUCCUUCAAUACAGAUUGAUAUUAGGCGCGAACAGUAAGACACAUUUGCCGGGACGAUUGUUUGAGGUAUAUUUUCCACCGUGCUCUGCUUACGAGCAAAUUUUUUGAUCGAACGUAUACUCAAAUAAAUAAAAACAACAAGGACAAAACGAUUAGAUUGUGCAUUUUUGCAGAGAAAAGUUUCCUCUGUCAGUGGGUGUGUUUAGUUAUGUAAAGGUUAGAGCAGGGUAAAUUAAACUAAUGAUCUGGAAAAAUAAGUGCCUUAUUAACUAUCAAUCAAACUUAUGAAUAGUUUUUGGAAGGGAACGUAUACUGUCAUUUUACAAACAACACACUAAAUUUUU